CACUAGCACUUCCAAGUUUGCAACUCAUUAAUCGCUAAGGUCUCCAUUGCCAUUCCAGCCAUCGGCAGCUAAGUACGAAAUCGUUCAACAAACGCUCGUCGCCGAACGCUCUGAAGUUUUCAUUGAACCGCCAAAGUGCGCGGACGUUUCAUACUCGUAUAACGCGCGUCGUGGUCGGUUGGCCGUUCGGUUGGAGUGUGCGCAGCAAAGUACCUAUGGAAGCCGUAAAUCAGUUUUGAAAUUUUCUCCUGUUAAAAUAAAAAAAAUAUUUACCGUUGUUUAUAUGUUGUCGCUAAAUAUUAUUGGAAGCACGUGUGAAAAUCGAAUUAAUGAUAAACUUUGCCUCAUUUCGCUGUACGAAUUUUAUUUGGUCAUUCAGCCAAGUAUCAAUGUCACCUGCAUUAUGCGCCAGCGUAAACCGUUAGAUAAACGAAAUUAUAUGUAAUACCCCGUGAAACAUGUUCCGCCCGCAUAUAAAACUAUUCAUUAAUUGUGAACGUUUAAAGUAAUGGACGCAAGUGGGUGUUAAUACAUACAUACAUACAAAGAUUAACCGACAAGGUGACUAAUACCGCCGGCGAACGUAAGACGCAACAAAAAACGUUGCAGUGGAAUUAACAAUAAAUAAAAUUAUAUCGAAAAAAGGGCGCAGAAUUCAUUGCCUUCUGUUGUGUGCAUAAUUAAUUAAUACAACAUUUACAAUAACAUUAAUAAUAACAACAACAACAGCAAUAAUAAAAUAAUAAUAAUAAUAACAAAGCAUAUCAUGCCUUGUGCUAUCACCGGCUGAUAGCCGUCGUGCAUAUGUGUAUGCAGAUAAGGGUAUUUUGUGUUUGCGUAUAUGUGUGGAGUAAUAAAAAGCCGAUUUUAGUUAUCAUAUCAACGAUAAAUUAAACAAGUAAAUAUCGGCAAUAAUAAAGAAUUAACUGGAACUCAUGCGUUCUCCGAUAUAUUUUUAUUCACAACAAUAACAAUAACAGCUAGUCUUCGCAAUUGCAUGGUUUGUUGUGGGUGGCAGCAGCGAGUGGCUUUACAAUAAACCAGUGAGUGUGCAGCUAGCUAGUGCUUUUAGAGCAGAGUGAAUUUCGGUGCCGCAUUUGGUGGUGGAAUUAUUUGUAUAAAACAUGAACAAUGAUAACUUUGGCUUUCCCUCGCAUGGCGAACGGCUGCUGCAGGCGCAGAAUCGACGUAAAUUUAGUUUUCCUGCAACGUUAAGCUCUACCUCUUUAUUGGAGGUGAAUCAGAAUAUAACACGUCGACGCCUGAGCAAUGUGAGCGAUGUUGUCACAAGAAAAUUGUCCUACACGAUCGGCUGGAAGGCAACGCAAAUACCCACACAGGAUAUCAUAUCACAAGGACGAUGCAUAUGCGGUCAGUACAUACGAAGACGCCUGCGUCGUUCUGGGUUGUUCAAUAAAAAGUUGGGCUUUCAACGCAUACGUAGUGUACUCGGCACUCCUUCGAUGGAGAUAGUGCGAGAGGUAUUCCCAGCUGUGAUGGUGCUCGGUGACGAGUUAGAGCGCAUGCACCCGCGUAUCUACACUGGUGUUGCAAGGCAAAUUUGUCGUGCACCAAGCGGCGAAUUUCAUUCAGCCGAAACGAUUACAUUACUGUUAGGUGCCGUAGGUCGUGAUCUGUUUCGUUCUGAAAUCACAUGGAGUAAAGUUAUAUCCCUAUUUGCAAUUGCCGGUGGACUUUCCGUAGAUUUCGUGCGUCAAGGUCAUCCCGAAUAUGUACCCAAAUUGGUUGAUGGUGUGUCGGAGGUGAUUGAAGAUGAAUUAGUGUCGUGGAUCAAUGAAAAUGGCGGUUGGCUUGGCCUCAACACACACGUAUUGCCGGUGACAAGUAAUUUUAGCCCAUUGGAAUGGACGACCAUCAUUAUCGGCUGCAUUUUCGGUUUAUUUGUCUUAUAUAUGCUGUUAAGAUUUAUAUUUUUCUAUAUAGUACCAAAAGUGUAUCAUCGCCUGACAUCAUAGCUCAGUUAUAUGUAGCUACGUAAUUUCCUAUUUUUAUGUACGAGUUUGUGCCCAUACUUCACUAAUUUAGUUUUAAUUGUACAAAAAUAUUAGAUAAUAUUGUUUUAGCAAGAGAUAAAUAAAUUUAAUUAUUUGGU